UGUUAAUUUUUAGUUGAUUUUAAUAAUUAUCUUAGUCAUACAGAUGCUCAAGUGGGACAUUCUCCCCAACAUGAUACCUUCUAUUAUAAUUCCCAAUUACAUGGCCAAGAAUCUAGUAUGGUAAACAGCCCUCAAAAGGAACAGAAUUACCAUGGUCCCGACUCGGGUAUUAUGGCUGGUUCUAAGACAUAUUUCACGUACGAAGAGUUGAUGGAAAUGACCAACGGAUUCGCUCGUCAGAACAUUAUUGGUGAGGGUGGGUUCGGUUGCGUUUUCAAGGGUUGGAUGGCAGAUGGGAGAGUUGUGGCCGUUAAGCAAUUGAAGGCAGGUAGUGGGCAAGGGGAGCGAGAAUUUCGAGCUGAAGUUGAGAUUAUUAGUCGCGUUCAUCAUAGACAUUUGGUCUCUUUGGUUGGAUAUUCUAUGGCUGAAAAAAAAAGAUUGCUAAUCUAUGAAUUUGUUCCAAAUAACACUCUUGAGCAUCAUUUACAUGGUAAGAAUCAAUUGUCGUUGCUUGAAUGGGACAAAAGAGUCAAGAUUGCUUUAGGAGCAGCAAAGGUUUGGCAUAUCUACAUGAAGAUUGUAUGUCAUCCAAAAAUCAUUCACAGAGACAUUAAGUCGGCAAACAUUUUAUUGGAGGACAAUUUUGAAGCAAAGGUUGCAGAUUUUGGGCUUGCCAGACUUAACGACACUAGUCAAACGCAUGUUUCAACUCGAGUGAUGGGGACAUUUGGGUACCUGGCACCAGAGUAUGCUUCAAGUGGGAAGCUAACGGAUAGAUCAGACGUUUACUCAUUUGGUGUGGUGCUUCUAGAGCUUAUUACAGGGAGAAAACCAAUUGAUCCAACUCGACCUUUGGGAGACGAAAGUUUGGUCGAAUGGGCACGACCGCUCCUUAUACAAGCCCUUGAGAGUGGUGAUUUUGGUGAACUAAUAGAUCCACGGCUUAAAAAACAUUAUGUAAAGAGUGAGAUGGUUAGGAUGGUCGAGGCAGCUGCAGCUUGCGUUCGGCAUUCUUCUUCAAAGCGGCCUCGCAUGGCACUGGUGGUAAGAGCUUUGGACUUCGAGGGGGAUCCCGAUCUCUCAAAUGGGGUGAAAUACGGUGACAGCAUAGCAUAUGAUUCAGGCAAGUAUAGUGAAGAAAUUGCCGAGUUCAGAAGGAUGGGACUUAGUAGUACUGAGAACAGCUCCGAAAUUGACAUGUAUAGUAGUGAGUACAAUUCGAAGGAAAUGGAACGUGGACAGUCUGACUUUUGGAAGUCCCAAAACAGCUCGGGUGACUACACUAGUGGGGAGUUAGAAACUCGAGCCUUAAAAACUAGAUAGUGGGGAGUACACAGGAGGAAGUGCCUCUAAGAACUACACUAGUGUUGCCUUCAGAUGAAUCUUAAUUAAUUAUUCCCACAUCUAAAUCCUACUUUGUUUACUUCCCCUUAUGGAAUAUCGAUGUGGGAAAAGCUUGUAAAGCUUAAUAAUAUAGGUACAACUAACUUCACAUGCUUUCAGAAUUGCAUUUUACUCCAUUUAUUUAAUAAAUAAAUAAAUUAGUUUUUAACUCA